UCUUAGGUCGCAGCGCGGGUAUCUUCAACGUAAAAUCAAAAAGAGUGUUUGCCUUGUACGGACGUGUUUCACUCGAGCUCUGUGUUUAUUUUGAUUCUCGAUUUUAUCAUACUUCAUAGUUUGUGCAAUACAAAUAUUGUUUUUGUGACAACAAAAGAAAGAAAUGGUUGCUGGUGCGCUUACCUCGCUCACAUCAGAGGUCAAGGAACUACAUUGCAGCGCUAGCAUAAAAAAGGGAAAGAUAGGUAGAGCUAAAAACACCAAGCAAACUGCCGAAAAGCAAAAUAACAACACAAAACAUCCUAGUGAUGAGCUCAGUAAUAACAAUGCUGAGAGUACAGCAGUGACAGCUGACAAAGUUUUUGCUGAUAAAAAUGUUGUUAGCACUGGUAAUAUUAAUGAUGUCUUGCAUGCAAAUGCAGCUGAAGCUUACAGUGCUGUUGAUCUCUCUCGAACCGCUGCCGUUAUCGACGUCACCGGAGAGAAAUCAAUCAAUUCAAUAACACCUAAUGACGCUGCUACUGCUUCGCUACCGUCAUAUGCUAACGUCCACGAUUGAGAG